CUGUCACGUCGGUACACGGAUAGUAAGCUAACGGGUAAUGCAAACACAAACUAAAAUAAAUAACGCGGAUUGUCGCUAAAUGCGGUAUAUCGUGGGAGGGUUUGAUUAUUUGGACCGACUCUUUCUCGUUGGACUUAUGUUGGCGAAAAUGUGGUGCAGACAUCAAUGCGAGGACACACGAAUUGGGUAACGUGAGCUAACUGACGUUAGCCAUAGCCUGCUAAUUUUUAACGUUACGCAAGGCCGCGGAGAAAUAGGAGAACUGCUUCCUGCUCUUGCUCCACCGAGAAUGUAGGUAACAUUACGAUCCAAGGAACAAAAUCACAGCGGUUAUCUGAGUAGCUAGUUCAGGUGAUUAAUCAGUUGCAUUUUUUAGCUGAGCUUGCAGGCGAUCUAGCUUGUUAGCUAUUUGGCUAGCUGGCUAGCAUGAGUGAACUGACGGACUGCCAACAGUCCGCUGACUCUGCAUCGAGGAAACGGUGUCCAUCACCCGACCAGGAUGAAGGCAGCACUAUUCCCAGCAAGUCCUCAAAAGUAAGUGAUGCAUCGAACGAAGCAGGGGACACUUCGGAAAGUCGCAAAAACAGUGAAGCCCAGAGUAAAGAAGCAGCUGGAAGCGAGGACAAGUCAGAAGAAAGCGUGGAAGAACCAGCUGCCGUGCUAACGGAUCAGGGUUCAGGCAGCACGGAUGGCACAAGUACACUGCCUGUCAACAGCUCCAGUGGUGACGGUCACGAUGCCAGCAACACCGAAAAACCACAGUCCUCAGGUGCACAGGGAUCUGCUGACUCAAAGGAAGAUGCAGAGAAGGCAGUUGGAACAGAGCAACGUCCCACAACUCCUCUGGAUCAGUCCGACUCAGCAGCCAUAGCAGCUGCUGAAGCACUCGCCAGUCUCACAGGAAGAGACGGGGAAGACCGUCAAGAGACUCCUUGCUCAUCUGAAAAAGCUAAACAGGUGAAACAAGGGAGCAAAUUCAAACAACGCGGGGGCCAGCAGUCCUCAAGAGCAGGCUCUAAAACGCAGGCAGCUGCGGCAGAUAGCUCCACAUCUGUGCACAGUACUGACAGAGAAGAUGCAGAUGAUGUACCCGAAGCAGAUGAAGGUGACGAAUCCAUAUCUGGGACUUCGUCUUCACCAAGCUCCUCUUUCCCAUCAGACAAUGAGGACAAUGAUGAUGGGGAGUGUGCCAUUGUGUCAGUUAAGAUGGCCCCUGAGAUGAGACAGUCAGUGGCUCUCCUGGCGCAGGUACAGAUGAGACUGGAAGCCCUUGAGAAGAAAAGUGCCCGGCUUCACCAACGGCUGGAGCUGAAGAUUAGUCGUCAGCGGCGCCCACAUCUGGAUCAGCGCAGCUCCAUUACAAAAACCAUCCCUGGCUUCUGGGUGACAGCUCUGUUGAACCAUCCACAUCUCUCAGCUCACAUCGAUGAGACUGAUGAGGAUGCCCUUAGUUACAUGACUGAUCUUGAGAUCGAGUCUUUCAAGAAUAACAAACUGGGCUACAGGAUCCGCUUCCACUUCAGACGGAACCCCUACUUCCAAAACAACAUCAUCAUGAAGGAGCUGCACCUUGGGAUGGGAGGAUCUCCCAUGUCUUUCUCCAACCCCAUCCUAUGGCAUCGUGGUCAAAACCUGACAGCCCACAGCGAACCCAGGAAGUCGUCACGUGGGGUCUACCAGACCUUUUUCAGCUGGUUCAGUGACCAUAGCAACCCAGGACAAGACGAUGUAGCACAGAUACUUAAGGACGACCUGUACAGAGACCCACUGAGAUACUACCUCACUCCACUCUGGGAACCGAGGGAGAACGGCAGCAGUGGCAGCGGUGCGAGAGCAGCUGACAACGGUAAUGGAGAUGAGUGUGUGGUAAUCUCCGACUCGGACGAUGAGCCUGGCGAGGAGACUGGUGAGGCUGAACAAGGCCACGGUAGGGAGGGGGAGGAAGACGAAGAGGAGGAGGAAGACGAAGAGGAGGAGGAGGACAGGGGGCCAAGCGCAGGAAAUAUUUCCUCCUCAGAUGAGAGCCCAGAGGAGGAGGAUGAUGGUGGAGAAAUUGUGAUUGACGGCUCUGAUGACAGUGACCAGGAGGAGGAGGAGGCCUAAGAAGAACUGAACAGGAAGAGGAUGCAUAUGUUGAAGAGGGCGAGUCAUCAAGGGACCAGAGACCAGGAAGAUGAAGAGGAUGCCCGGGUUGACAAAGAGUACCAGAGCAAACAUUGAAUCCUUCUUCCUGAUGUUAGUCAUUUUUAUGCACAGAAUAUCAGUCUUUGUUUUUUUUUUUUUAUAACUAAAAUACAUAGGAGCAUUUUAAAUCAGGGUUCACUGUAAUAAUAAAGCCAAGGCAGCAUGUUUCCCCUCUAUUUUAUACAGUCGGUACUGUGUAUUCUGAUGUACUCUGAUUCACCUUUUUGCAAAUUUUUUUUUUUUCUACAACAGCUUCAUACAAGUAGUGUUCUUCUGUUUAUUGAAGAACAACAAAUGACAGCCUACACACAGACGCACACAACAAACGCACAUAGGUUAGACUUUGAUUGCCACUCCUUACUGGCAUUAAAUUUUGCGUUGGAAGCCUUCAAACAAAUAACACUGAAACCUUGCGAGGCAUUAUUAGUGGUCAUUUCAAAAUAACGUUUAAGCUGUUUUUAGAACUGGCAUGUGAUGAUCAAACAUGUCAUGAGUUGAAUUUGAUGUAGUGACAGUACAUUUCAGAUGCACUGAGUACUGAACCAAAAUUUGUUCUCAGGGAUGAUCGUGGUGGUAGUUUUGUUGAAAGAACUUUACUGAUUCUCAGACAUUUACACUCUGUGGUUACUGUUGGCUGUGUAUAGGGAAACGUGUACUCUACUGUAGUAAAUAGGAACAGAUAUUGUUUUAAUAUAAUACCUGUGUUUUUUCCCUCCCCUACAUGUUCGGUCUUGUUACACACCAACCUCCACCCCUGUUAACAACCUGUAAACCAUCUCUGAUGUUUAAAAUCAUGGCGUAGUUUGACCAAUGUUUGUGUGGAUUCCUAUGUUUUUGUAACACGCUCCUACAAUAAGUAGUUGAGUUUUGUAUUUUUUUUUCCCUUUUCUUUAGAUUGUAACUUAAUUUGAAUUUGCUUUCUAAGGCUUUUAAGGUUUGUUUUAAUGUUAUGUGUUUUAGGAUUUGUGCUAUCUUCUUUAUAAAAAGAUGGUAUUUAUUAUGUUGUUUUUCUACACGUCCACAUCAUGGCAUGCCUGUGAGCAUGCAAUGUAAGACAGGAUGAUUACAUUACUUACAAGGCUGUGUAGAUGAAGUAAUUUGCAGUGCACAGUGUCAGUAAAUGUCGUUCAGUUCACAGCAACAUUAUGGGGUGCACUGUAACAAAACUAGUGUUUGUAUUUGCUUACUUUUCUUAGCAAUGAACCUGUAAAUAAUAUUUCAGCAUUGUCUUUUGGAUAAGACAGUACACAAGUUUAAUCAUUGGAUAAAUUUAUCAAAUAAUCUGGAGUUUUUUCAUAAACAUGAUCAGAAAGUUAUAUUUUGUGUGCUGUGUUUUAUAGAACACUGUAGUUUAAAGAUACCUACCUGUUUGUUGCUUUGGUUAAUUUUGUUUGCUUGAAGAUAAAUGUCCACCUUUUGACUCAGACCUAAUAAAAUAGGCAGUUGUUUCA